CGAGGGAGAAGCAGGAAGCAAAAGGAGAAGUUUUUCCUGGUCAUAGGUGGAGGGCUGAGGCAGGAUGGAGCUGGAACAGCAGUAAGAAGUACGGAAGGAAGGCCAGGGAGACAAAAAAGAGGGUCUUUGGUGAAGAAGCAGGUCUGGACGGCAUCAGAGCAGGCCACAGAGUGCAUACGGCAGGGCUCAGAACACAGCAGAGGCCAUACUCACACAUCUACACACAUAGUAUUAGCACGGCACGAUGUUCGGGUAUAUGCUCUUCAAAAAUGGGGAGAAGAACCACAAAGCGCCGGACGAGUUCCAGAAACGUGCCCGGGAGGACAUCGAGAACCGGAUCCGGAAGUUCAAGUCGAUGGAGGCCCUCACGCAGACGGAGGGGGCGAGACACAGCGGGCCGCUGGGCGAAGAUGCGAUGGACGUGGACGGGGACGGAGACGGAAACAGCAGAGGCAUUUCUACGAUCGCCAUGAGUGCUGGGGUCAGCAGCAGCAGCAGCAGAAGCAGCAGCGUGGGGAGGGUAAGGAACAAGCACAGUGCGUCGCCGCUUGUGCGAUCGUUGAAGCGGUCGAAGAACAGCGAACCAGCGUCUCCUUACUCUGUUGCAGUGGCCGCUGCUGCCGCUGCUCCAGCAUACACACCAGCACUCACCUACGGCAGUUCACCUCUACGACAGACGGUAGCGGAGGCCACGGUCGUGGACUCGUCGGACGAAUGUUCGUCGAUAGACUCCGGCAAGUCCGGAUGCAGCCUCACACACGCCUCAGCACAGCAGUUGCUGCUGCAGCAGCAGGAGUCGUUGCAACGAAUACUCUCGAGAAACUCCACGUUGCAGAGCUCGCUCUUCAGUAGCGACGCAAACUCACUAUACACACACCAGUCGCUGUCGACGUACAACACAAACAACACCUGGACGCUAGCGGACGACGCUUCCGCAGCCGCCAACGGCGUGCUCAACCUGAACCAGGCGCUUCCGACAGACUUUUCUGACUACUACUCGCCCGAUCUAGAGGUGGACAAAUUUUCGAACGGAAGGCCCGUUUUCACGAAACGCCCGUUGAAGGAUUGGGAAUUGAACGAUUUGAGGUCUUUGCUAAUAUAUCCAGAGCUGAAGCCGGAAUGGAACAACAAGGUUCCGGAAAUCAGGUCCCCCUACCCAAACAUUCACUUCAAGAUCCAGAUUGUGCCGAACUUUGUUGCAGAUGAGCAAAUCGUACAACAGCUUGCUCGUUCGGAUAUAUACAAGGAGGCGAAAUUCGACCUCGAGUUACGGAUUAAAACAAUGCGAUACAUUGUCGAGAGAGCAAGACUUAGGCACAAGCAGAUUUUGAUUGACUCGUUUGGCAUCGAUUCUACAAAGUUCAAUGAAGACGGCCUCACUGGAGAUAUCCAGUACGACUGCUACUUCAAGUUCGAAUGGAGAAACAUUAUUGAAAAUUAUCUAUUGAAUCUAGGCAUUGAGUACCAGUGCAGAGCCGAAUUUAAAUCGAGGAUUUCAAAACUUAAAAAGAUCACUUUGGAGAAAAAAUCAAACUACGCCUUUGACAAAUCUGUCAGAAGCCCAUUGAGUUUGAAAAACGACUUACAUAAAAAGGUUUUGUUGGAGAACAAAACUCACAUCAGCGAAGACGUGAGGAUGGGCAUUUGGCGAGAUGUCCAAUCGGAGCUUUACAAAAAAUUAAACAUGGAUGGCUGGGACGUCAACUGACACUACAUACCCCCACUUUACUCAGCCUUUCCCUAUUCCCUUUUAUUUCACUUUUUAUUCUUUUCUUUUCUUUUCUUGUCUUUUCUUUUCUUUUCUUUGUUUUUUCUUCCUUUCAUCGUUGCCGCUUAUUAUUCUUUACUGGUAUGUAAUAUAUUUAUUAAUAUUUUCUAGUGUAUACUAUACAACACCUCAAUUCACACCA